ACGGAACGGACGCGUUCAAUUUUCCGAGAAAAAUAUUAAAAAUAUCAUUCAAUUUUGAGUCUGUGCUCUGUGGUUUGCUGUUAAAAAGAACCAGCCAAGAUGGUGAAGCUAAAUGAAGAAACUCCAUAUGAGGAGCCAAUCGAAGAGCUGGACCAGUACGGAGUGAUGAUCACCAACUGUAAUGACUACAUGGCAUUCCUACGGGAACAGCUGGAAGAAGUCCUGCCACCACACGACAAGAAACAGGACGAGUUUCUGCACAAACUGAAGAACCUGGUCUUCUUGCCAGAUAACGCUGAUGAAGAGAUGAAGAAGAUCUAUGAAGAGCUGCAAGAGAAGCAUGCCAAGCUGCAGACUCUGCAAAAGGAGAGAGUGGAGUUGACUAAUUUCAUUCGUAACUACUAUAAUCUCCAGAGGAAUAUCACUCAGGAGGAGUGUAAGCGAGAGGUUGAUACCCUCUUCAGAGGCAAACAAGAGUUCUUUGUUGUGAGUAAGCAGCUUGAGGAGUUGUUGUACAAGCUGCACGGAAGGGGCCGUUUUUAAUUAACCUCCUUUUGUUUUUCGUUUGGACCAGAUGGUGACCACUGAGAGACAUUUGCCAUCGUCUCAUAAGACCAGUCACAAUGACUUAUCUGUCUGUAGAUUUGGCUAUUAGGAGCCAAAAGUUAUUGAUAGCUCCAAUCAGCUGAUUUGGUUUUAAUUAGAUGAGAUGUCGUUGCUAUUAGGACUUUGGAGAGUUGCACAUCUUGUGACAUGCCGACUCCAUUUCUUUUUUCCGUUUUAAUGGGUUUAUAUGGACGCUAGUCGCUUUUUUUUCAGGCGAGAUAAACGGAUAAACUCUGGCAACUGCUUAUCUCGUCUGAAGAGCCAAAAUUGAUUAUUUUUUUAUGAAGUUUGUCAAUCGUCUAGGUUGGUCUUGAUAUUUUGGAUAACGUCUGAAUAUUUUUUUAAACGUAGCCCCACACUAGUAUUUCCUCCUGUGUCGUGGGUGCGUUUA